AAAAUAAUCAGACUCCAAGGCCCAGAAUGCUUUGAGAGCCGCAGGUGACUUCUGGGAGUUGUUGUCCCCAAAUCGGAGUAGUUUCCGUGUAUCAACCCAGCGUUUCGGUGGAAUCUACUCUGCAAAGACAAACACAUGUGAGAUUAUUGAUCAGGGAUUGUGUGGAUUUAUGGAAACAUGUCAAAGAAACGGGGCAGGAAGCGCAGCAGUGGAGAGCUCAGUGAGAGUUCGGCACCGACCCUGAGCCCAGACCCUGACAACCUGCUAGGCCGCAGAAUCCAGCACACCUGGAGGGAGAAGGGUAACGUGACCAAGUGGAAAGGCACCGUUCUAGAGCGCCUCAGUGUGAACAGCUCCCUCUACAUGGUCAAAUAUGACGGCUUUGACUGUGUCUAUGGCAUUGAGCUGUUCAAAGACAACCGGGUGUCCAACCUGCAGGUGUUGUCAGAGAAAGUUGUGAAUAAUAAGAUCAAGGUGCCUCCUGGGGCAGAGGAGCUUGUGGGCCGAGCUGUUGAGCAUCUGUUCGAGAAGGAGGACGGUGAGAAAAAUGAGUGGCGAGGAAUGGUGCUGUCCAGAGCCCCUAUCAUGACCCACUGGUAUUACAUCACCUAUGAGAAGGACCCGGUGCUGUACAUGUACCAACUGUGGGACGACUACAAGGACGGAGAUCUACGUGUCCUCCCGGAGUCAGAGAACAAACACCUGCUGCCAGCAGACAGGAAGCCUGGUGAGGAGCCAGAAAGCCUUGUGGGUAAACAGGUGGAGUAUGUCACAGAUAACGGUGUGAAGAGGACAGGGUUGGUCAUCUACCAGGUUCCAGCGAAGCCGACGGUAUAUUACAUCAAAUAUGAUGAUGACGUUCACAUUCAUGUCUAUGAUCUUGUGAAGACCACCUAGUAUGGACUACCUGGUUUCAUUUUCAGCGGAUGGUUAAUUUUCUUCUCAACCAGUCGUUACCUGUCAAAGUGUUAGAACCAGAUCUCUUACAGUGGGAAGAAAAGGUGCAGAAGAUCAAAAGCCCAGUUUAUUUUUUUAAAUUUGUUUUAUUUUUGUCCUUUGACACUUCCUUCAUUCUUACUCAACAAGACCUUUUGGUAUGUGAUUCUCACUUUUAAUUUGACCCUAUUACAUGACUAAUAGGUCCUUUUCAGUGUAAAUAAAGCUGGUCUGAGACAGUUGUAUAGCCCAACAGUUGACAUGGAGCGAGACGUAAGAUUUGGUUAAUUAACACUUGUAUAGUGCAAAUUUCAAACUCCAAAUUCAUACUUUUUGUAAUCAACACAGCAUACUAAAGAAACACAGCCUUCUUACCUAUACCUCUGUGUUUUACUCAUAUUUCAUUUCACUUUUAUAUGCCCGUGCUAUUUAUUUAAUUUGGAAUUUCUGGCUGUACUACUGGUCUGGUGUGCUUCAUGUGUGUCACUGAGUAGUCCUCAGUUUGCUGAAUGUAGAAGUAAUAGACAUUUGACCAGUGUGCUAAUUUGACCAAUGUUUAGAACUACCAGAAUUCAGUUGACGU